UCAUCAGUUCGCCGCCAGAGUGCAGACCGGACGCAGUGCUGAGAAGUGUGCGGGGCUCCUUCGCACUGGACUGUGCAGUGAUUUCACGGGUUGACAGUUCGUGUGUGUGUGCUGCGUGGAACAGUAAUUCGGUGUUGCGAUCCAUUCGCUGAUGUUCCGCACGUAACUAGGUCGACCGCGGGCGUGUGCAGUGACAAACAGGUUAUCUCGCGGGCUCGCGAGGUUACAGCAGACCAAGUACAAGGAGUCUGUGGGCGUGUGCAAGUGUUUUGAAACUCGAGAUACGCACGACCUUGGGACCGGGACGUCUGAAGCGACCGCCAGCAGUACACUGUAAAAAAAAAGAUAUGCCUCGUGGGCCCUGCGCCGCGUGAGGCCAUGAGCACGGGGCGCCGUGGCCAUGAAGGCCAAGCAUCUGGCGGAGGACGUGCGCGGAGACCUGCUGGACCGCCUGCUGGAGCUGCGCCUGGGCGAGGUGUCGCGCCUGGGCAAGUGCGCCCCUGAGGCCGCCAGGCCGCCCAGGAAGCCCAGCUUUAAGACCAAGGGCCGCGCCAGGACCUCCAACGUGGCCAGGCUCGCCUCCCGGUUCACGGAGUACGAGCCCCAGGACUCGGCGGGGGAGCCGCCCCAGAGGCGCCCCGUGGCCCGGCACUCCAGCCUGCUCAAGAUACAGCACGUGGGCAGCGUGAGGGCCGCCAUCAGGAUCUUCGAGGGCGGGCUGUCUGCGCCCCCGGUGGAGCGCGGCACCGACAGUGGCCCUUCCAGCUGCGAGGGCCAGGCCAAGCGCGCACGGCUCGAUGGGCACCAUGUACUUGAGGGCGGCCAUGAGGCGCCCGAGGACAGCGACCCUGUACCCCCGCCAGAACCCCCUGCUCAGAGGCAGGACGAGGACACUGAUCCUGUCCCGCCUCCAGCACCCCCUGAUCAGAGGCAGGACGAGGACACGGCCUCGUGCGCCGUGCGGCCCAACCACUCCUUCCUGUGGGGCCGCCCGAGCGCGGCGGACCCGGGCCCCGACCAGACCCACCAGGCGGUGCGUGUGUUGAUCGACUACGCGGACUACGACGACGCGGGCGCGCAGGACGGGCACAGCUACGAGUACUGCGAGUCGGCGCCCAGCUACGACGACUGCGAGGGCGAGGGCUACGAGUUCGUGGGCGAGGCGCAGGCGCCGGCCGCCGAGGCCAACAUCUACGACGACGUCAGGUGCGCGUCCGACUGCUACGAGUCCGUGUACGCGCUGACGGCCACUCCGCCGGCCAGCCUGGCGGGCAGCUUCUGCGACAAGAGCAACAGCCUGUACGGCGUGGCGGAGCCCCGCUUCGACAGUGCCUCCGUGUCGCAGGCGUCCACGCUGUCGGCCGACUACGCCUCGCACACCUCGACGCUGGAGCGGCCCGGUCCAGGCAGCGAGGCCAGUGACGAGUGGAUGGACAUGGACGGCUCCUACUCGGAGGGUGGCACCGAGGCCGUCAAGGGGCAGGAGCGGCCUCGUGCCAGACGCAGUCCUCGCUGGAGCAGGAAGGUGCGGCGCCAGAGACUGCGCCCCGCCCGUCGCCCGCCCGGCCCCGCCCACCCAGUAUUUGUGUCGUCCUCGUCUGGGGUGUGCGUGGGCGACGGGGGGCACCGGUCCGUGCCUCGCGGGGCUCGCUGCGGGCGUGCCGAGAGCCUCGUGACGUUGCGGGCUGUUGUCUAUGUCGGGGACACGCAGGAGAGCCAGGAAGUGACGUUCCUGGUGGAGAAGGAAGGCGGCGAGACCAGCACGGAGUCGGAGCCCGACCAUCACUACGAGGUGUUGUACGAGCCGGUGGGCCAGAACAACCACAACCACAACCACAACCACAAGCACAACCACAUCACCGAGGAGGAUGACUUCGACUCCUUCGACUCGGACGACUCCAGCGGCACCUUCAAGAAGUCCAGCACGCAGGGAAGCUUCGACGUGGCCAGCGCGAGGCUGCCCGACCUGCCGAGCGGCCAGAACAUCUACGGCAUCACGAAGAUCGCCGAGGCGGCCGGCAAGAAGAUGCUCAAGUUCCGCAAGAGCCUCAGCAGGAUGCGGACCAAGCGGAACAGCACCGACCUCGGCGUCUUGGCAGUGGCGCCGGCGAGGACGCCCUCCCCGCCCGAGCCGAGCCCGCCGCCCCCUCCGCCGCCCCCCGCGCCGGGGGAGAAGACUGCGUCGGCCGCGAGCCUGGCGCGCCGCAAGUACUGGUCGCUGCGUCGCUUCAGGCGCAGCCUGUCCUCGGUGAGCCAGUACCCGCCCGCGCUGCCCCACCGGGGCGCCAAGGAGACGGCCACCUUCUACCUCACGCCCGCCGUGGACGUCGACUCUGGGGCCCCCUCCCCGGCCCCGGCCCUGCAGGAGAGGAGGAGCAGUGCCGGCUGCUCCGAGGCCGGCGACGCGCCGUCCAGUCGGCCGAGCUGUGGCACGCUGGGGCAGGAGGCGGCGGCCAGGCGACGGCCCCCGCUGGAGCGCCCCCACUCCCCGCCGCCCCUGCCCCCCUCCGCGCCCCCAGAGAUACCAAAGCGAGUGCCGAGGCGACAAGAGAAGAAGACUGGGAACAGCUCGUGGUACGCCGAGUGCGGCUUGUUUGACCAGGCCGAGCUGGCCAACCGCAACCACAGCGAUGGCCAAAGACGAAGUUCGGCCAAGUCGGACAAGCCGAAUUCGUAUUCUCUGUACGCAGAGGUGGGCCUGUGGGACGCCGCGGCGUACAGUCAAGACACGAGCCAGUCCUCCGGCGGCAGCGACAACGCGUACGGGUACGACGUCAAGGACGUCGCUGAGACGAGGUUCGCAAACGAGCCGCUGUACCAGUUCUACACCGCAGCUGUGGCCGAGCAGGCGCAGGGCGGCGCCCGCGGAGACACGGACUCGGACGGCUACGAGGAGAUCUGCGACCUGGGCUCCCCCGCAGUACCGGCGCCCCGCCCCUCCGCCAUGGAGCUGAUCCGGCCGCGGGACGGCCGGCAGCGCACCCUCUGGUGCGAGCUCCCGGAGGUGCUGGGCAGCCAAGUGCUCUGUACUAUCAACGCUCAUCAGAGGAAGCUUCAGGAAGCCAAGUUUGAACUCAUCACGUCGGAAGCGUCGUACGUCAACUCCCUGAACAUGCUGGAGAAGCACUUUAUGUCCAGCCGGGAGCUGCGCGACGAGACCAUCCUGUCGAAGAACGACAGGCGCACCUUGUUUUCCAACGUACUGCCAGUGAGGAAUUGCUCAACGAAGUUCCUGAGCGACUUGGAGGCGUGCUGGCAGGACAGCGUGAUGCUGCACGGGAUAUGCGACGUCAUAUACGAGCACGCCACCAGUCACUUCGGGGUGUACGUCAAGUACUGCUCCAACCAGAUAUACUUGGACCGCACGCUUCGCAGGCUCAAGGAGCAGCACGGCCGGUUCGCGGACGCCCUGGCGCAGCUGGAGGCGGGCCCCGUGUGCCAGUCGCUGUCCCUGCACUCGUUCCUGAUGCUGCCCAUGCAGCGGAUCACGCGCCUGCCGCUGCUGGUGGAUGCCGUGCUGACGCGCCUGGAUCCCGGCGACGACGAGUUCCCCUCAUGCCGCCUCGCCCUCGCCGCCCUCAACAACGUGGUGCAGGAGUGCAACGAGGGGGCGCGCCGUAUGGAGCGCAUGGAGGAGAUCCUGAUCCUGAACCGCCAGCUGGAGUUCCCCAAGGAGCUGAGGGCGCUGCCCAUCAUCUCCAGCUCGCGCUGGCUGGUCAAGAAGGGGGAGCUGACCCACAUCGUGUGGAGGGGCGACGAGGGCAAGCUCACCUUUGGCAGGAAGUUCUCCAAGGUCGCGCUGCACGUCUUCCUCUUCACCGACGUGCUCAUCAUCACCAAGAAGAAGAGCGAGGACAGCUACGUGGUGGUGGACUACUGCCAGCGCAGCCUGCUGCAGAUGGCCGUGGCGGGCGACGUGCCGCACCUGCCCGUCAAGUUCACCGCCGACCACUCCCGCCACCUGCUGCUGCUCACCAUGCUGCAGAACCACGACAACAAGACCGUGGAGAUGGUGCUGUCCUGCCCGCUGGAGUCGGACCGGCAGCGCUGGCUGGAGGCCGUGACGCCUCCCGCGGCGGCCCCCGGGGAGACGGUGUACCCCGAGUGGGACACGCCCCAGGUCACGGCCGUGCACCCCUACACGGCGCGCCAGCCCGACGAGCUGUCCCUGGGCACGGCGGACGUCGUCAACGUGCUCCGCAAGAUGCCCGACGGCUGGUACCAGGGGGAGCGACUGCGCGACGGGGAGACGGGCUGGUUCCCGGGCAACCACACGGUGGAGGUGGGGUCGGCCCACGUGCGCGCUCGCAACCUGAAGCAGCGCUACCGCCUGCUGGCGCUCUCAGGCAACUACCUGGCGCAGGCCCGGGAGAAGGGCAGCCGGUAGACACUCAGUGUUUCAUCACGUCUGCGAGUGUUUUUUUCAAUGCCGUUAUGUGAGUGUUCUUGUAUUUUCUAUUACCAUUAUUUAAAAGAAUUAAACCUCUGUAACAUAAAAACUACUGUGAUAAAACUAACGUAAUUCUGUUUCAAAUGUUGAUGGUAUUUUACUAUGUUCAUGUAUCGAUUACCAUAAAUACCAUUACUAUGAUAUUUUAAAUUUUUUUAAAUUUGUAUUUAUUACAAUGCAUUAUGUAAAACAAUACAACUAUAAAUUUUGAUCCAAAAACCUGCGUGAAGCAGAUAAGUAUAGUUUCUAUGUUAUGUACUUAAAAGAUUCACACGAGUCAUACCUAUGUCCCCGAUGUGUUGAUCUGACGAUUUUCGAUGUUACAUGAAAAUGCAUCAGCAAGAAAAAGUAUUUUUGUACCUAGUUAUGAUAUUGUUAAACUGUGUAUUAUAAAUUAUUAAUAUAAAAUAAACAAAAUAUAUUGUUAUGCAAA